AUGUCACUACAUCACGAUACAAUACAUAACGGUGCAAUAUAUAAUAUACAAUACAUCACGAUACAAUACAUCACGAUACAAUACACCACGAUACAAUAUACCACGAUACAGUACAUAACGAUACAGUACACCACGAUACAAUACAUCACUAUACAAUACAUAACGAUACAAUACAUCACGAUACAAUACAUCACGAUACAAUACACCACGAUAUACACCACGAUACAGUACAUAACGAUACAGUACAUCACUAUACAAUACAUAACGAUACAAUACAUAACGAUACAGUACAUAACGAUACAGUACAUAACGAUACAGUACACCACGAUACAAUACGAUACAAUACAUAACGAUACAAUACGAUACAAUACAUAA